AUGAUCUGUCAACGACCUUCAACUUCAACAACCAAAAAAAAAAAGAAGAAAAACUUCAACUUCCCAACUUUUUCUUUCACUUUCUCUUCUAUUCAUUCCAAUCAGACUCUUCUCUACAGAACUAGAGUUUACUAUUCCAUCUCCAAACCAAAAAAAAAAAAAAAUGAAGAAACCAGGAUUCUUUGCUGCCUCAGUUGCCGCAGCUUCUGCUACCAUCUCUGCUUCUUCCCCAAGCUCUGUCUGUAAUACUACUCAACAGGGGGCUGAAUUGAACAAAAAUCAUGGAAACUCUUCACAUCAAAGGUCAUCUUCGACUGAUAAAUUUGCCCCGAGGUUUGAUGGUCUAAGAUUCAUUGAAACGCUGGUCACUGCUCACAGAUAAGCUUCAUCAUCAAGCUUUCAGGGUUCCAUGCUCAGGAGUCAUGACCUCUAUCCAUAUUUGUCUUUUAUUAUUUUAAAAAAGGCAAUUCUGAAGAAAUUUCAACUGUUUUGGUAGAUCAGAUUUUAAGUUGAGAAAUGAAGGAACUGUAAUAUUUCAGGUGUUGUGGUAGUUUUUUUUUUACUGGUCAGAUCUAUGCUUGUUAUUGUUCAGAACUCUCUCCCUCUCCCUCUCCCUCUCUCU